AGUAGUCUGACCUUUGACCCAGUUUAACAAGUGUCUUGGUACUUGCUCUGUAUUAGGCUCUGGCCUGUGGUUAGAAACGCAGGGCCUGGCUCCCUGCCUUCCGGCUCCCACACUAGUGAGAUGCCUACAUGUACACACUGCAUUGAGGUCCUGGUGACAGAUGGAUGCAUAGUCCAGCUGGGAUCACAUGGCAGAAGCAAGAGCCACCCACAGGGGAUGAUGGAGGCAGCGAAGUGUUCCAGCAGGCUGUGAAACUCAGUACUGUGAGUCGUUUUGUUGUUUCAGUACUGGGGAUCAAACCCGGGGCCUCAUGUAUGCCAUGCAUAGGUUCUACCACAGAGCCCUGUGUUCACAAGGUUUUUCGUAGCAGAGGCGGCUGAGUGCAGUGGAAGAGUAGAGCACUGUUGUUGGGGCUGGAGCAGAUAUCAUAAGGCUGAGGGAGGUCAGGGCCAGGUCUGAUGAGGCAUCCCAUUUCCAGGCAAGGAACUAGGCCCUGGUCUGUGGCAGGCAGCAGGGAAGGGGCUGUUUUUAAACAUUAAUCACUCCAGCAGCUUGUGGAGAAUGGGCUGGUGGGCAGAGAUCAAAGGGUGGAAGCUGUGAAACUGGGACAAAGACCUACCUGUUCCAUGGGACAGGCUGAGUCAAGCCAGUGGCAGUGUGGAAGGGGAGAUCAAGGGUAACCCAAGCAGGCCUCCCCCCUUGAUAAGGAAGGCAAGAUGACAUCCAGGAGGCAAGGAGCAUAAAAAGUGGGGGCUUUGGAGUUAGAGCGUACAAAUUCCAGUUCCUGAGACUCAGGGCACUCUGACAGAGUCAUAGGAUGUUUGUUAGCAUCCCAAAUAUUCUGUGGGAGAGGAGGCACCUCCAGGAGGGAAAGGGAAAUGGUCCUAGAGAAGUUAGCGGGUGGCCCGGAGCACAGGGAAGGGGGAGGGGCAUUUCCAGCACUUGUCCUCCUCAUGGGGAAACGUGGAACCAGAAGCCAGGGUUGGAAAACAGGGCAUCUCUCUUGAGCCCUGAAGACCACAACAACAGGUAAUGCACAGGGUUGGAGCAACUGCCAGAUUGCUGUCGCAGAAGCAACUAAGCUACCAAGGAUAAAUCCAAAGCUUAGUUCUCAGAUCUUGAUGAGACUGAUGGAGAGCGGGACUUGGGUUUUGUUUCAGUUUCCAUGGCCAGAAGUGAGCCAGGUUAGCAUGGCAUUAGUAAAUGGGCCAGGCUGGGCUGUGGCAUCACAGUGCUGGAACCCAACAGAGAAGAGCCUUCACAGUGGCAGCAUAGCUUUGCCUCAGGCCCACAGAGGGACCACGCCCAACGUCUUCUCACACUGCACUCAUUCCACACCUGAGCUUUCAGGUGUUAGGAUCCUGCAGUGCCAAAAUGCACUGACCUCCUGCACUCACCAUAAGGAGCAGCUCCAAAGCUGUGCUCCUCUUGGAAUCCCUUUAUCCAGCCCUAGGGGCUAUGGCAGAGCCUGUGGAGCCCUUGGAUCCACUGUUCCUAGCUGUAGGGAGCCACGUGGGAAAGGCCCCCAGACAGAGACACAAGGAGCCCAGUGGACUCUGGGUGAUCCAGGCUAAGAGACGUACUCUGGCUUCUGUAGCUUCAGAACCUUCCAGGGUGAGAUGCUAGCAGGUGGGGGCCGUGUGGCAAUGUCGGGGCUCUGAGUGGUGAGGAGUCUAAUCUCUGUUGAGGGCCUACGUGUGCCAGACCUCGGGUACUUCAUGUAUGUUACCUCACAGAUAAGGAAACUGACGUAGAGAUUAAACAGGGUAGCAAGCAGCAAGGGCAGGGUCUGAACAGAUCUGACCCCAACAUCUGUGCCCUCAGCCCUGGGGCAGUGACAAUGAAACAAGAUUUGGUUUGACACCUGCUGGCCACAGUGUCAGUAAAAUAAGACAAAACACAAACCUCAGAGUGGAGGUUUCUGGCCUCACCCUAAAGUAGGUGGUUGCUGAGCCUUGGAACUAAAGUGCUUUGUGAGGUGGCCUGGGAGCUGGCAGCAGGUUCUGUCCUGCUGGGGGGAGGGGCAGGCAGAAGUCAGAGCAGGGACCGUGUAGGAGAUGGUUCUUGCCAUGCUGGGGGCUCUGUACCCCAGGGCCGGGCUCAGUGUCUUCCUCUUUUACCUCAUCCUAGCAGUCACACUCCUUCGCCCCCAGCCCCUAAGGUCCCAGCGGUCUAUUCCUGAGGAAUUUUCAGCCCCUCUGGAACUCUCGCAGCCACUUUCUGGCCUGGUGGAUGACUAUGGGGUCCUACCGAAGCACCCAUGGCCGAGAGGACCUCGACCCCUCCUCUCCCAGGCCCAACAGCGCAAGCGGGACGGGCCAGACAUGGCUGAGUAUUACUAUGAUGCACACCUGUGACGGGCACCCCACAUAAAGCUGUUCUG